UUGGGCUGCCGGAAGCAGCGGCGGAGCGGGGCGGCGCAGUGGGUGGUGAUGGCGACGCGGGGGCUCUGAGCGGUACCGAUAUGGCCGAACUGGCGGCGGCGGCCGAGGGGCCGCCGCGGGGCCGUACGCCCAGUCCAGGCCCCGGGGGGGCGCCGGGGCCGCCCAGCCCCCGAGCGGCCGGAGCGGCGGCGGGAUCGGGUGGGACGCCGUCUCCGCCCGGCGCGGCCCGGCCGCCCGCUGCCUCCAAAUGGGUCCGUCUGAACGUGGGCGGAACGUACUUCGUGAGCACUCGGCAGACGCUGUGCCGGGAGCCCAAGUCCUUCUUGUGCCGCCUCUGCUGCCAGGACGGGCCCGAGCUCGGCUCCGACAAGGAUGAGACCGGGGCGUAUCUCAUCGACAGAGACCCCACCUACUUUGGUCCAAUACUGAACUACCUCCGACAUGGGAAGCUCAUCAUAAACAAGGAGCUUGCAGAAGAAGGGGUACUGGAAGAAGCUGAGUUCUACAACAUCGCAUCUCUGGUGCGGCUGGUGAAGGAGCGGAUACGAGACAACGAGAACAGAACCUCUCAAGGACCUGUGAAGCAUGUGUACAGAGUCCUGCAGUGCCAAGAGGAGGAGCUCACACAGAUGGUGUCCACGAUGUCCGACGGGUGGAAAUUCGAACAGCUGAUCAGCAUUGGAUCUUCCUAUAACUAUGGAAAUGAAGACCAGGCAGAAUUCCUCUGCGUUGUGUCCAGGGAGCUCAACAAUUCGACCAACGGCAUCGUCAAGGAGCCAAGUGAGAAGGCAAAGAUUCUCCAGGAGCGAGGGUCCCGGAUGUGACUCGAGGGUCCCCGGCGCAGGCUGCCAGCGGUCCGCGGGGCGGCGCCACCUUGUCCUUGUACAGUAACCGAGCUAAGCAAAGCCAAGCCUGUCCUGCCAUUGGGGAAUAAUUCUGGUCAUAACCAAAGGCUUCCCUCCUACCCUGGAAACCAAGGAAGGAAAAGACUCUUCCCAGUUGGAUGGUCCUUUCCACAAGUGUUUUCUUUUCUUGGCCAGCGCUGUAUCGAAUCUUUCCAGCAAUGGCUGGGCUGGAUUCCCAGUCGGAGCCUUUGCAAAGGUUGCUCAGGUCCACAGGCCCUUGUUGUUCUCUGUCCCACCUUCCACAGGCUGGCACGGGUGGGAAGAUCCAUAUUUGAGCUGUGCCAUUUCUUGCACCCAGGUCUGCCACCAGAGAAGUGCAGGGACCUUGCAAUGCUCCCCCUCCUGAGCAGUCAGCCCCCUGCCCCUAAACCAGAACAGGGCUUUCAGAGGGGAAACAAAACAACCACUUGUAAAAAAAAACAACCAACCCACACAGACUUUUCCAUUUGUGCUUUGUAUUUGUUCCUUGUUCACUUCCUAAGAGCUGAGUUUAGAUAAUAAUAAGGGGAGGGGAGUUGUGUGCACAUCUAGCCCAGGGCUCGCUGGUGCCACCGUUACAUCUGGGCUCCUGGCACUCUCCAGAGCCCAUGGCUUUGCAUGCAUAAACAAAAAGAGACCUGUGUUCACCCAGAAUAAUGAUAGAGUGAGAGUUCUGUCCUUUACACCUCUCUGCUGAGGAAGAGCAGCGACAUCUUCCCCUCCAGUCCCCUGCCAUGGCCAUAUCUUAGCCUGGUGCAAAGUCACAAGCUUAGGGACUUGUUGCUGCCAAGUUCAGCUUUGCCUUGUUUGUCUCCAGCAGCAUGGGCUCUCUGUCUCCCUCCUUCUCACCCAGGGAGGACUUCAGGCAGAAUUUCUUUUGUACUGUAGCAAGCAGGUAGGUUUGGUUUAACCCAUGAGAUCCUUUGCAGAAGAGAUUCCCCCCUUCACAUGAAGCGAUAUAUCUGCAGCCCCCCUCCUGUGUCCCCACCUUCAAGGAAUCACCUGAAAUUGCAGAGGGACAUCACAGAGCUGGGGGGGAGGGGGGUGUUGGUGAAAAGUUGCCAAACUGUUGUACUGUUUCUUGUCCAAAGUGAUGUGUUGACUUGUGACUCUUCUUUUGUUUUGGAAUGCCUUGGAUGGAUGUGCAAAAUGUUCGUUUUGUGCCUCUCUUGAAUUCUGAUCUUAGCCAAACUGCAGUCACCGGUUCCCCUCUGUUGACCUGUGCCAUCCCUAACCAAGGGCAUGUCCCUCCUAGGCUGCUAAAUGGAAUUUCUUAGGAGUUUGCUGCAUGGGUUUUUUCCACCCCCCCUUUCAUCCUGGCUUUGGUCUCUGUAGCCCAAGUAUCAAGGCACUUGGGUCUCUUUGAGUUAAGUCCCAAACUGACAUUCAGCAGGAAGCUUCUGGAGCUCGCAGCCGUUGACAAGCUUGGAGCAGAUGUUUCUCAAGAAGGUAUCAGAAUGUUCCUCACCUGCACUGAGGAGCUGGGCUCCUCUCUGGAGGACUUCAGCUACCCAGGGCCUCCUUAAAGUUUGGAAGUAGGUUAGGCACGUUUCCCAUCUUACCACUUGUUGCUGACAGCCUUGCAGCAGUGUUACCAACAGUCCCACCAGCAGUUCAGCAGACAAGAUGUGCAGGGACCCCGAGUGGCACUGCUGCACUCUGCCUCUUUUCAGUGCUCCUUGCCUGUCCUUCCCCAUCCUGCUUUGCCAACGUACCUCCUCCGGUGGAGCCUUUGCCUCGCUCUCCAGAAGGACUGGUUAAUGACCCGUGCUAGCUUAGGCCUGGGGACAAAGGACUGUGCCAAACCUUUUGGGAUUCACCUUGUGUCAGUUGCAGGCUGUUGAAGCACAGCUGGCUUGCCAUCGGGCUGAAGAACCUGGCUCUCCUUCCCUCCAUCUUCCCAGUUUGCAAGGCGGUGAGGUGGAAUUGGUGUGGUUAGAGCAAACACCUUGGCUGGGCCUGAACAACACUGUGAUGUGUAUAGAGAUCUCUCCUCUGUCAGUAUCUUACAGCCUCAGUCAUUAGCCAUCUGUUCUCACAGCUAAGACAUCAAGAAGCACAUGUAUGCAAGACAACAGCCUAAGAAGCCCCUGCACGCUCGUUUGUCUUCUUUCCCCAUCCUCAGAGGAGGGAGUUUCUGAGAGCUGACCAAGAAACACCAAACUAAAGGCAACAGGAACUGGCUGGGCUGCUUUUGUCCCAUGGAUGCCAGCUGAGCAUCUUGCUCUGCAAAUCACAGCGCUCAGAGCAACGCCGCUUGCUAGAGGGAGACUCUGUCCAGUACAGCCCAAGGAGAUGAGAACGAUACCUUGCUGCUUUUUUGAGUCACCAAAACCACCAUCUGUGGUGGGGAGGACCACCUGACACCAGAGCGAUGCCAUCACUCCCCUCUGACCCUCAGAGGGCCUAACCCUUG